GUACUACAGCAGUAUGUCGAAAUGAGGACCAAUGCUUCUUUCUACACUUCGCCUCGCCUGUACUGCUCGUAGGACCACGAAUUCUAUUUCAGAAUACGUAUUGAAAAAUGGCAAGAAUAAAUUUUUCGUAAAUCGGAGGAUAGCUAAUUUAGACGGGAACAUAUUGUCACAUCAUGUGGAGGAUAUUUAUUUGGAAAAACACCAUUGUCCCAUCGUUCCUUCAGUUCAUGAAUUUACGUUUUGAUAAGUGCCUCGGGAUGUAUAUCUACAUUGAUCCACGAUGGAUUUAUGAACCCUGCUGAAGUGGUGAAACAACGAAUGCAAAUGGUAGGAUCACCUUACAAAUCGGCCCUGAGGUGCGCAAUCAAUAUUUACCAAAAAGAAGGCCUGGGGGCAUUUUAUCGUUCCUAUACAACCCAGCUGACAAUGAACAUACCAUUCCAGAGCAUACAUUUUAUGGUGUAUGAGCUGUCACAAACGUUUUUGAACAAGGAUCGAGCGUAUAAUCCAUUGGCUCACAUGGCAAGCGGAGCGAUGGCGGGAGGCAUGGCCUCUGCUAUUACCACCCCACUGGACGUUUGUAAAACGUUACUGAAUACUCAACAAAGCGGUAAACCCAGCGGAUUAGUGCAAGCAAUUAAGCUGGUCUAUAGACUAGGAGGACCUACGGCAUUCUUCAAAGGUAUGCAAGCUCGAGUGAUGUACCAAAUGCCCGCAACAGCCAUCUGUUGGUCAACGUACGAGUUUUUCAAAUACAUCCUGGGCAAGAACCACGAAGUACGAGUGAUACCACAACCUCUGUCACCAGAAAAAGAAACCUCAAAGUUAGAACCUGCGCCUAGCGACGUCCACAACGAAAAGUACAGUCUGAAGUCCAGGGACUUACCCGCAAUGUCCAGCGCAGGCCUGUAUGGCUCCAUUCAGUUUAACACCAUGCACAAGACCGACUACAAAAAGAAAGACUUCACCGAUAUGAUCCAUACAUAGCGAUUUUAAGUCGCGUACCUCAUUCUGCGUACUGUAAGUAUUAUUUUUAACCGUUGAACAUGUGUACAGAUUUGUAAUAUAUAUAUAUAUGAAUAUGAUUAUGAUAAAUGUUGGCUUAUUCAUCUGUGUUGGGAUGAUGGAAAAAUAGAAUUUAGGGUGGUGAGUGGGCACCAGGCACAAAAUAUUUUUUUUGAAAAAUUUGUUACUUUAGAAUAUCCACUCAAAACUUCGGCCAUUUUCUGUAUGUAAAUAUAUAUUGUGAUUGUAUCAAGAAUAGACGUCAAUGAUUGUAAAUUGGCUUAACCAGUUUUAACAGUCAACAUUUUCCUUGAACAAUAACUUGAAAUAUAGUAAUUCUCUGUUACUUUGUGCUGCUACGGUAAACUAAAUUGAUAUUUUCAUUACCCCAUUUUUUAUCGAGGUAGAUCACCUUGAGGAGCCAAGAUAAAAAUGUCGACAAUAUACUGAAACUAGUUUUUUUCAAUAUGUUUUCUGUAAUUUUAUAUUUUUGCCUUAACUUCUUGUUGCAGUUGUGUGCUCAUGUUGUUUGUGACAACUGCAAGAUCAAGUGAUGAAGUUUCUCUUUACAAAAUGGCUGUAUCAAAUAUAGCAUUUCAAAGAUAAUUGUAGAUGUCCCGUUUUAUCAGAGGUGGCAUUCUAGUUCCUCAUUGCAAAAUGCUUAGGAGUAAAAAUAAGUAGUUAUUAACUUUUGUGUUAGAUGGCCUUAUUGCUGUUUUCAUUUUUUAUUUCAAUUUUUCAUGGUAUUUAAUUCUCCUCUUCUCAAUUUUUGUUUUAUUGUAUUUGAGGGAUUUCAUUUAAACCAUUUCACAUUCAUAUUGUUCAUAAUAAUCAAUCGUAUAUCGUGGCUUUUGUCAGAACUGUAGUGGAAACUGGAAUGCUAUUCUAUUUCAAUAUCUAAAACUCUGGCAGUGUUUAGCUAUUGAAGAAAAAAUAACUCUUUCCUUCAAACUUUUAUUUCCUCAAAAAGGAUAAAAAUGUACGUAUGUAUGAACGUAUUAAAAUAAAACUCAUACAAUUUCAUAUGUUGAUAUUACAAGUAUACAUUUUAACAUCAAAUAAUAAUCAUCUUUUACAUUGCUAUAUGUUACCAUUUGAGGUACAGAUACGUUGAAUAUCUUGCACAUUAGGAAUACGGUUUGAUACUUGAUCUACGUUUGUAUACCUACCUCAAUUUCUAUGACAUAACUAUAAAAGACAUUUAAGAAUUCAUGCGACGUUGCCAGACUUCGCACAGAUUAGCAGAGACAUAUAAAGUAACAUUUUGUAAUCCAUUCUACGCUUCGGAUUUAUUUCAAUAUUUUGAUAAUAUUUCGACGGCCUGCAAUCGGUGGUACUAUCGUUGAACAGAUGAAAACAAAAUGUUUUCAAACUGUUGUAAGACAUCAAAUACCAGUGCUGGCUGCUGCAGAAAAGUUGAAACAACAACAUACCGUGUAAUAUCGAUUUCAACGUACUUACGCCAGAUAGCACCUCGACGUUCGCUUUUGUGCUGUGAAACAAAACAUCAGUGUGAUGUUUAGCAAUAUGAUUUUCUGUUAACCCUAUGGGUCACUAUACACAUGUAUGCAUAUGAUAGGUACUACUUCCAUUUUUAUGUUGUAUAAUUAUUUUGCCAGAUAGUGAUAUUUUUGGUCAAAUUAUGAGUAAACUUCCAUUGGCAGUGACGCAGAAAGAAAUUCAUCACCAGGUGGAACAGUGGCAGAGCAAGGUGGUUUAGCUGGAUAAACUAAGUAUUUUAUAUGAUUUUGAAUCAUAUGAUAUUUCAUAAGCUCAGUAGCUCGUACCCACAUUGAAUCUAUCAAUAUAGCUUUUUUUGAGGAAUUACUUUUUAUAUAAUAAUACACAAAGAUAUUAGAUGCGCAUGUAUGUGGUGCGAUGUUUCUUUUUCCAGAAUGCCGAACAAGACGUUUUACUUCCAAAUGUCAUUAUUCUGCUUUUUUGUCCUCUUAGCAGAGUAGCAACGUUCUAUUUUCUGUAUUAAUAUAAAACGCUAAGUUUAUUCAGCCCAAAACCAAUUUUGCUAUUGUACAAGCCAUUAUGUGGAACAAAUUUCUCAACGAUUUGUUGAUGAACUUAUGUAAUAUAAAUCUAAUGGAGGAUAGGGCCAGUCUUACUGCUAUGAAGAAAACUAACAAUAAAAAUGUAAAUAAAUGAACAGUGAAUAAUCUGACCAUUAUGCUGCGUUUAAUGUUUUGUGUUUGUUGCAACAAGACUGUCCUAGUAAGGGGGGAUCCUUCCAGAAUAAUAUCAAUUUCCUGAAAUCAGAGAGAUACACAAUAAUUGUUUUAAAAUGUGUAAUGGGUACAUUGAUAGUCUGCUGGAAGCAUCUUCCUAGGUUUCACACAAAUUUCGUCAUUACCAACUGAUAUAAGAAUAUGUUGGUUACCAUUUAGCCAAUAUUUCUUAUUGAUAACUUAUGAUUCUGUUCUAACUGAAUGAUUUUCAGCCUCUCGGUAGGCCUAAAUUAUUUGGGUUGGGGAUAUUACUGAACAUUGAAUCAGAACGAUUUUCUUUUUCAACACAACUUAGCUGGAUAACAUGACCCAAAUGUCAAGACACCACUAUUGAAGGUUAACAACUACUGCUGCUUAUAACUCAAACCAGUAGUCACAUUUUUUUUAUAAUAAAAAUAAGGGUCCCAAUUUGUGUUUAGAAAUUGUUGCAUAGAUGAUAUUGUCAACAACAAUAAAGUACAAUUGAGUAACCUUAAAUCAACGCCUCAGUGCUCUUGUCGUCUUAUCUGAAUACCCCAAUUUGCAUUUAUAACUGAAAGAGUUUGCAUUCGUUAACAAAUGAUGGCAGAUGGAUGAUUUUAUGGUUUAUGGGAUUCCCAGACAUACAGAUAUACAAGCAGAUGAUAGAUAGAAAAAAUUUCGCAAUCCUUAACAUGAAUCAGUAUACAGCAUCAUGUCAAUAAAACUUGCGAAUUUUGUGUGAAACUUCGUGCUGCCAGUUAAUCUUUACGUUUAGUUUGCCAUUUGUCGCUAAAGACGUUUUAUGAAGCUGUGAUAAAGUCCUUAUCAACUGAUACGUAUGAUAUUGACUUCGUUCAGAUGGGAGUACUAUCAUAUUCGUUACUUUUCGUUAUUUUGGAGAUGCGUGCGCAUACUGCGCGUGGCAUUUUUCCGUUUUUGUGAUAAGAGACUAUGUCACCAAAAAAGCAUAGAAUACUGUACAAUACUGGACUGAUGCUGAUAGAUGAAUGAUAUUUCUUCGAUAAUUCGCUGAGUGAGGAAAAAACAUUAAAAUGACCAUUUGAAGUUAGAUGUUUUCUAAUUGACAAUUUUAUGCCAAGAAAGUGGCUCAACAUAAUCAUAUGAAACUGGUUCUUCACUGAGAACAUUAAAAUAGACAUACGUUAAUAUUUGUCACCUAAUUUUAUCGAUGAAAUACUAUAGUUUAUAUACCUUUGUCCAGUAGUGUAUAUCUUGUUUUAAUAAGGUUUGUAUUGAUGAAAACAAUUUAAAUAUAAUGUUACAUAAAACCAUAAUA